AUGGAUUACCAAGCGAUUGCCAGGUUGGCCUAUUAUUUCCAGAUAUCUGGGUCAUCGUAUGAGAAUCAUGUGCAGGGUACACUAUUCAAAGAACUUCACAUGAAUGGGAGGGUAGGAAAGCGGAAGAGGAGUGAGAAUGAGGUAUCCUAUUAUUCGCACGACAACGCGAAUGCCUAUUUCAAUUGGGAUCCGGUGAGGAUGGAUGCUGCUGCAGGGUGGACGUUGCGAGCAGCUGAUGUUGCAAAAAUAUUUGGACAUCUUGAGAAAUAUCGAUGGACACGUUAUCGCGACGUAACCCAACGAUCUACAUGGAAGGCAGAUUACGGUAGAGGCAUCCAGAUAGGUUGGGAUGGGUCGUUAUAUCACUUUGGAUCACUGGCUGGCACUGAAGCGAUCGGUUUCUCCAAAAACGGCGUACAAUGCGCGCUUGUGGCCAAUAUUCGAGGGCAAGAUGAGAAUAUUUUGACAGAAUGGAUGUUGCAAUUUUGUCAAGCUAUUACUGGCAAAUUAACAAAUGAA